CCGGUCUCCUCCGCGUACGAUCUUUUUUUACACAUCCUUUUCGUGGAGCCCUUCAGUCACGGUUUCGGGGCUUCGUACGUGCGUGUGCGUCGGCCCUCGACAAAGAUCCUCGUUGUUUCCACCGUGAUCUUGUGAGAGCUGCUCGGGACCUCUUUUUUGCUCAGCGAGUGUUGUGCAUGUGACCCGUUGACAUCAUUGGGUAACUUGUGUGACGUGGGUGAUUGAAUUCCUCCGCUCUGCUCAGUUGGAGCCGAGCUAGCAGGCCAAAGAUGGAUCAGCUGUCGGACGAGGAGGUGGGGGUCCGGGGGGAAGAGGAGGAGGAAGAGAUGGACAGCGACAAGGAGGACCAGGACCUGGACAAGAUGUUCGGAGCCUGGCUGGGCGAGCUGGACAAACUCACGCAGGUACACAAAAGUCUGGAUGACCCUCGCCCGGAGCCCCCUCCCCAGCAGAAGGCUCCCCUCGGACAAGAGACCAACAUGGCCAACUUCUCCUACCGCUUCUCCAUCUACAACAUCAACGAGGCGCUGAACCAGGGCCAGAACGUGGACCUGGACUCCCUCAUGGCCGACCUCUGCUCCAUCGAACAGGAGCUGAGCACCAUCAACGCCAAGCCCGGCGGCGGCGGCAUGGCUCGCCUGGCGCUGACGGACACCAAGGUCCGCCAGAAGCCUCCAGCCGGGCGCAGUAGCCGGCAGCCGCCAGCAGGCGGUGGCGGUAGCGGCGGCGGCGGCGGCGGCGGCGGCGGCAGCAGCAGCGGGGCGAGCAGCAGCAGCAGCAGCGCCAGAGCGUCCCCCGCCGGCACCAUCAGAGCUCCAGCCGGGCCGCAUGGGAGGCCGGCGCUGGCCUCCAACUUCAGCCUCGAUGACAUCACCGCCCAGCUGGAGAAGGCGUCUCUCAGUAUGGAUGAAGCUGCCCGUCAGACCUCCUCCCACUCCCUUAGCUCCGCCUCCUCCUACACGUCGGCCACGAUGCGGCGGCCCGGAUCGUCUCAGCGGCAGCACCGGCGCACCGGCUCCGUCGGCACGGUCAGCGAACACGAGGCGCAUUCGAUCGUUCGCUCCUCCGUCACCUCGGCGUCCGGCGUGUCCGUGAACUCCGCCUCCUCCAUGAACUCCGCCUCCUCCAUGGACUCGUUGGACAGCGUCCUUCGCGCCGACGAGCCGGCCGCCGCUCUGCCCUCGGCCGCGGGAGCCGAUCAUCCCCACACCGAGCACUCCUAUCUGGACAGGGAAACCUCUCUGAUUCUGAGAAACAUAGCAGGGAAACCCUCCCACCUGCUGACCAAGGAGGAGCAGGCUGCCAAGCUGAAGGCCGACAACAUCCGCGUCGCCCUGGAGAAAAUCAAAGAGGCCCAGGUUAAAAAGUUGGUGAUUCGCGUUCAUUUGUCAGACGAGAGCUCAAAGACCAUGAUGGUGGACGAGAGGCAGACGGUCAGAGAGGUUCUGGACAGUCUGCUGGAGAAGUCUCACUGUGGUUUCAGUCCAGACUGGUCGCUGGUGGAGACCAUCAACGAGCUGCAGAUGGAGCGGGUCUUCGAGGACCACGAGAACCUGGUGGAGAACCUGCUGAACUGGACCCGGGACAGCCAGAACCGCCUGAUGUUCAGCGAGCGCACCGAGAAGUACGCCCUGUUCAAGAACCCCCAGAACUACUUGUUGGGGCGGAAGGAGACGUGUGAGAUGGCCGAGAGAAACAAAGAGGCUCUGCUGGAGGAGUGUUUUGGCGGCAGCACCGUGUCCGUCCCCGAGAUGGAGGGAGUGUUGUGGCUGAAGGAGGACGGCAAGAAGUCGUGGAAGAAACGCUACUUCCUGCUGAGAGCGUCCGGCAUCUACUACGUCCCCAAGGGCAAGGCCAAGGCCUCCAGAGACCUGGUGUGCUUCCUGCAGCUGGACCACGUCAACGUUUACCACGGGCAGGACUACAAGAGCAAGUACAAGGCUCCCACGGACUACUGCAUGGUGCUGAAGCAUCCUCAGAUCCAGAAGAAGUCCCAGUACAUCAAGUACCUCUGCUGUGACGACGUCAGAACCCUCCAUCAGUGGAUCAACAGCAUUCGCAUCGCCAAGUACGGGAAGCAGCUGUACAUCAACUUCCAGGAGGCCAUGAGGAGGACGGAGGCGGCCUACGACUGGUCCUCCCUCUCCUCGUCCUCCAUCAAGUCUGGAUCCAGCUCCAGCCUCCCAGAGUCCCAGUCCAACCACUCCGGCCAAUCGGACAGCGGCGUGUCGGAGAUGACGUCGUCGGGCCACACCCGCUCCCAGAGCGCCGUCAGCUCCAUCUUCUCCGACGCCUGGCGGAGGGGAACGCAAGGAGAGAUGAUGAGGAUUGACCCGAUCAGCAGGCCCAUCCCGGUCCAGAUGCCCCUGACCCCGCCCUCCCGCUCCAGCUACACCGACGGCCUCGUGCCGUCGGACGACUCCUCCCCGUCGCCGCCCUCUCCGCCGCCUCCGCCCAUGGCGACGGUGACCCACCAGCCGGCGGCCACGCCCUCCUACGUCAAGUACAGCACUCUGACCCAGAACCAGAACCAGAACCCGUCGUCCCGGACGCAGCCGGUAGGCGUCGCCCCGCUGUCCCUCCCCGUCCCGUGUCCCGAAUCCAAUUACGACACCCUCCCGGCCGCCUGCGGCACCUCCCCUCCGCUGCCGCCGUCCCCCCCUCCCCCUCCCCCGCCCGAGGCGCCGGCCCCCGGCUCGGCGGCGGCCGCGCUGAUGUUCGGCGGCGGCGGCCCCUCCGCUCUCCCGCCGCCGCCCCCCCCGCUGGAGGAGGACCUGCAGGAGCCCUCCUACCUCCUCCCGCCCCCACCGCCGGAGAGCCCGGAGGCCGCCGGGCUGCCGCCGCCCCCCCCUCCGGAGCCCGACCCCGACUUCUGCAACAGCGGCCUGCAGCAGUUCCUGGCGCAGAAGUUUCCCCACAUGGUGUACGACUUCGGCCGGGAUCUGGACGAGGACGCCUCCCCUCCCCCGCCGCCGGCCGGGCUCUCUCCUCCCGCCACCUUGCAGGUCCUCCGGCCUCUCUCCCCCGGCGCGCCUCCUCCCGCUCCUCCCAAGACCUUCACCGGGGGCUUCCCGCCUCAAACCGCCCGCAAACCCUCUGGCCCCGCCUCCCUGCCGAUGGCCCUCUCCCCCGUGUCGCCCGCGCAGCCCUUCGGCGCCCACGGGCCGGUGAGGAAGCAGCAGAGCUUCUCCACGGGACACUCCCCCAAUCAGGCCCCUCCCACUCUGCCCAAGCAGCACAGCCUCUCCUCCAAGAACCUCGCCAUCUCGCCCUCCUCGCUGUCCUCCUCCGUCUCCAUCGCCGCCGCCACCUCCUCUUUGGUGAAACAGAUUGUCAAUCAGUUCCCAGGAAACUCCGCCCCUUGCUCUCUGCCUGCCUCCAACUCCAUGGAAGGGUCGAAGUUCACCGCUCCUCAGUCGCCGCCGGCGGUCAAGGCCAAACCAAAGUGGCAGCCGGGCGGCGUCGUGGCGUCCCCGGAGUUCCCCCCGCCGCCGUCCGACGAGUUCCCCCCGCCGCCGCCCUCGGCGACGGGUUCCCCCGUCAAGAAGUCGCCCUCCGGCUCGUCCACGGGGUCCGGCAAGCGGGGGCUUCCGCCCGCCCCGCAGAGGGCCUCCUCCGUCGCCGUGCGGUGCGGCUCGUCCGGCGAGUUCCAGGACGAGUGGCCGACGAAGGUGGAGAGCCUCGUCAGCAAGUUCGGCCAGACGCCUCAGACGGGCUCCUCGUCCGGCGCCUCGUCGGCGACCGGCUCCCCUUCCAAGGACUCGUCCUCGGCGCUCCCGGCGCCGCUCCCCAAGCCGGGGAAGCUGAACCUGGCGAAGCUCCCGCUGGCCCUCCAGGGGCUGCAGACGGGUCAGCAGACGGGUCAGCACCACCAGCCCGCCGAGUUCCCGCCGCCUCCCCCCGCCCAGCCGCCUCACCUCGACUCCUCGCCCGACUACUUCCCGCCUCCCCCCAGUGACUUUGAGCUCUUCCCUCCCCCCCCCCACCCGUCAGAGUUCCACCACCCCCCGAAGGUCGCCGUGGUGAACCCCCAGCCUCAGAUGCAUCCGCCGCAACCGUCGGCGCCUUCCUCCUUGUCGUCGUCGUCGUGGAAACAGGGCUCAUUGAAAAAGGGGGCGGUCCUUCCCCCGAGCCUGAGCCGGCGGAUUAGCAACACGACGCUGUACGACGGCACGAUGUCGAUGCCCCUCUCGCCGCCUCCUCUGUCUCAGACCCCGCCUCCCUCCCUGUCCCUGUAUUCCCCCUCCCCCUCCCCCGUGCCCCCCACCUCCCCGAAGUCCCCGGGGCCGAGCACCCUGACGCUGAAGCCCCACUUCCUGGAGGACCUCAACCGCACCCUGAAGAGGAAGUCGGUGUCCCGCCACGGCUCGCUCACGUCCUCCCACCUCAUGUCCUCCUCCAAGAUGGAGCCGGUGGGCACCGUGGACGACAUGGCGCUCCUCCCGCCGCCGCCCGAGCUCCUGCAGCAGCACGGCGUCCGAGGACACUCCCAGACUCUGUCUCGCCACCACACGCACUCGCACUCCGCCAAACACGCCAGCAUCUCAGGCUAUGCAACGCUGCGGCGAGGCCCACCUCCCGCUCCCCCGAAGCGGGACCAAAACACCAAACUGACCGGCGACUGGUAGGGGGCGGAGCCUAAAGAACUGAACUGACUGCUUUAGGUCUCGUCUCGAUGUCCGUCUCUCCUCGUCCUCAAACCAUCCGCCCUUUGAAUUCCGAGCAAGUAGCAAGAAGUCUUUCCUACUCUUAAUCGAAGAUUAUGAUUGUUCCUAUUAUCCUCAUUAUUACUAUCAUUACCAAUACAUGUUUAAUCCUAUGACAUGAGUAAAAAUAUAUAUAUAUAUAUGUAUAUAUAUAUAUAUAUACAAGCAAGCCAGAAAAAAAUCACCUAUCAAGCUUUUUUCACAAUGUCUGUGCAGCUUUGCAUUGAAAUAUACAAAAGACGAGACUUGAAUGACGACGGCGACAGAGACAAUAACUGGUACUGCAUGGCGCCAUGGCAACGGGAGCGAUGGAGGGAUCGAGAAAGACGUGUAUAGAAAUGUAUGUUGUGAACUGGGGGAGGGGAGGGGAGCAUUGCCAUUCAUUUCAAACUUUUUGUGUGUUUUUAUAUAAGAUUAUUUAAUACUGGAAAGAUAUUAUUAUUAUUAAUAUUAUUAUAAUUAUGUUAAGUUUUUAAGAAGUGUCAAAAGAGAAUGAGUUUGACUGGACAUGGGGUCUGUAUCCUCCAAAAUGUAUGUCUCCCAAAAAAAAAGUGUUGAUGCAAGUCCCCGAACUAGUUCAUGUUUGUGAUCUUUUCAUCUGGUUUUAAUCUGCUUUACAUUUGGGGCCCUCGGGGCGUGAGACACGUUCAGUACAUACUUCAUAAAUCAGCUGGAGAACCCGCUGGUGUUACCGGGAGACUCUAUUCUGUGGAUUCAUAAUAAAUCGGUCAUCUUAA